GUGACUUCGGGCUGGCGCGGGUGGCUGACCCAGAUCACGACCACACGGGGUUCCUGACGGAGUACGUGGCCACGCGCUGGUACCGCGCUCCUGAGAUCAUGCUCAACUCCAAGGGCUACACUAAGUCCAUUGAUAUCUGGUCGGUCGGCUGCAUCCUGGGCGAGAUGCUGUCCAACAGGCCCAUCUUUCCCGGGAAGCACUACCUGGACCAGCUCAACCACAUCCUGGGGAUCCUGGGGUCUCCCUCGCAGGAGGACCUGAGCUGCAUCAUCAAUGUUAAAGCCAGAAACUACCUGCUGUCCCUGCCGCUGCGCUGCAAGGUGCCCUGGAACCGGCUCUUCCCCAACGCCGACCCCAAAGCACUGGAUCUGUUGGACAGGAUGUUGACCUUUAACCCGCACAAGCGGAUUGAGGUGGAGGAGGCGCUGGCACACUCCUAUCUGGAGCAGUAUUACGACCCCACAGAUGAGCCCGUAGCCGAAGCCCCCUUUAAGUUCGACAUGGAGCUGGACGACCUGCCAAAGAGACCCCUGAAGGAGCUCAUCUUCCAGGAGACGGCGCGCUUCCAGCCCGGGUUCCGGUCCUAA